AUGGCCACUACCACUGGACGCUUCUCCCUACCCGCCGAGCUCCGCAACCGCAUCUACGAGCACGUCCUCCUCGCCGACCAGAUCAUCAAGGUCCAAACAUAUGGACCGUCCAUGAUACCAGACCUCCUGCAGGUCAACAAGCAACUCCGCAAGGAGGCAGGAAGAGCCUUUUGCUUCGGCAACGAGUUCGAGUUCGUGGUGAAGAUAGAGCACGUGGGACGAUUGAGUAGGCUGAUGCUGCCAGUACUGAGGAAGGUGAUGUUUGCUGGGACGUGGAGGAUGACUGUGAGACGAGGUGGUGGCGACGACGACAACGAAGGGUGGAGACAGGACGAGCAAGACCGCAUCCCCAUGGCGGCGGCAGGAUACUGGAUGGCACCGGGGCAUAUGCCAGCGACAUGGCGGCGGCAGCAGGGUAAGAUAUAG